UUGAUACUCCUAGAUUCUUGCUGAACAUGUCAGCUUCUUUUCGAGUAUCGAUUAACUUAAAAAAGUGCAGCGGUAUUGCUAGAUCACCAAUCUUGAACUGUGUCCGAAGUAGUAUACCAUUGUUAUCGGAUCCCAAGCUUCUAUAUGGAUGCCAAAUUUAUUUUUACCACUCAGUGAAUGAGCGGGGAAUGGCCAGAUUUGCAACACCUGGAAGAGAUUAUAGCGCAAACUCGAAUGUGGCACGGUCAAAUUGGCUGAUCACCAAGCUCUGUAGAGAGGGUAAAAUAGGAGAAGCACAGCGGGUGUUUGAUGGUAUGUGCGAGAGAGAUGUGGUCACAUGGACGACAGUGAUCACGGGGUAUAUAAAGUGUGGUAUGGUUGAGGAGGCAAGGAGGUUGUUUGAUAGAGUGGAUGCUAAGAAGAAUGUGAUUACUUGGACGGCUUUGGUUAGUGGGUAUAUAAGGUUAAAUAGGAUUAAGGAAGCGGAGUGGUUGUUCUAUGAGAUGCCGGUUAAGAAUGUGGUUUCUUGGAACACAAUGAUUGAUGGGUAUGCAAGAAAUGGUAAGGCUGAUUUGGCUUUGGAUUUGUUUGAGAGGAUGCCGGAGAGGAAUGUGGUUUCGUGGAAUACCAUUAUAACAGCACUGGCACAAUGUGGGAUGAUUGACAAGGCACGAAGGCUUUUUGAACGGAUGCCUGAAAGGGAUGUUAUUUCGUGGACUGCAAUGGUUGCGGGUUUGUCGAGAAAUAGGAGGAUUGAUGAGGCGCGGGUACUUUUUGAUUUGAUGCCCGAAAGGAAUGUAGUUUCUUGGAAUGCUAUGAUUACAGGUUAUGCACAGAAUAAGAGGUUGGAUGAGGCUUUUGACUUGUUUGAGAGAAUGCCGGAGAGGGACAUGCCUUCGUGGAAUAUCAUGAUUACAGGACUUAUUCAGAAUGGGGAGUUAAGUAGGGCAUGGAAGUUGUUUCACGAAAUGCCUCAAAAGAAUGUGAUAUCUUGGACUGCGAUUAUCACAGGGUAUAUUCAAGAUGGGCAAAGUGAAGAAGCAUUGAAGAUUUUCUCAAAAAUGUUGGCGGUCGAUGGGGUGAAACCCAAUCAGGGAACUUUUGUGACUGUUUUGGGUGCUUGUAGUGACCUAGCUGGUCUUACUGAGGGAAAGCAAAUUCAUCAGAUGAUAAGUAAAACAACCUAUCAGGAUUGUGCUUUUGCGGUGUCAGCACUCAUAAACAUGUAUUCAAAGUGUGGGGAGUUGGGUACCGCCAGGAAGAUGUUUGAUGAUGGGAUGACAAGCCAUAGAGAUUUAGUUUCUUGGAAUGGUAUGAUUGCAGCCUAUUCGCACCAUGGAUGUGGCAGAGAGGCAAUUAAUUUGUUCAAUGAAAUGCGGGAAUUAGUCGUUCAACCUGAUGAUGUCACCUAUGUGGGGUUGCUCUCAGCAUGCAGCCAUGCUGGUUUGGUAGACGAGGGGCUAAAGCAUUUUGAUGAGCUUGUGAGAGAUGAAUCCAUAAUCGUGAGAGAAGAUCACUACACAUGCUUGGUUGAUCUCUGUGGCCGUGCCGGGAGGCUCAGAGAGGCAUUUGAUUUUAUAAGGCAGCUUGGGACUAAGCCAUCAGCAUCUGUUUUGGGGGCUCUACUUGCUGGAUGUAAUGUUCACGGGGAUAUGGACAUGGGGAAGCUGGUUGCAAAGGAGCUUUCAGAGUUGGAGCCAGAGAAUGCAGGCACGUAUUUAUUAUUGUCUAACAUAUAUGCUUCGGCGGGGAAAUGGAGAGAAGCUGCUAAAGUGAGGCUGAAAAUGAAGGCUAAGGGAUUGAAGAAACAGCCUGGUUGCAGUUGGAUAGAGAUUGGGAAUAGUGCACAUGUGUUUGUUGUUGGCGAUAAGUCUCAUAGUCAAUCAGAACGUGUUUGUUCAUUACUUCAGGAUCUUCAUGCAAAAAUGAAAAAGGUUGGAUAUAUUCCAGACGAUGAGUUGAUGGUGGACGAGGGAUUUUCUGUGACAUGAGUGUUGGCAGGAAAUUGAUGAUACUUGUCCUAGAGGUGAUGUGGAGAAUUUAUGCUUAAUUGGGAGCAUCCAUUUAAUAAUUGCCGUUGUUUUUAUUGGAGAACACACCGGUCAUCACUGAUGAUUUUUGGGUUAACAUGAACUAAAAAGUAGCAAGGUAAAAGGAAAUCCUGUGCCAUCUUUCCACUGGUACAGGCCAAAGUCCCCUCCAUUCUCUUAUGCUAAUUCUGCGUUUAUAUGUUACCUUGCUUGUAUCCCCUUCACCCUUACAAUGAUAACUUGGUUUCAUGCCCUUUGUACCUACCUUUGAGUUCCAGCCACUUCAGAAGCUUUCUGCUAUCCUCUACAGAAAAAAGUAUAGCAUUUUUUCCCCAUUCAACCAUUUAGAUGAGUUCCUGCUUUCUGAAAGUUAUAUUUGCAUGAGGUGUCAAGUUUAGGAAUGAAAUAGAAGUGGAAAAAACAAUUGAGAAUGAAGAUUGCAAGAUAAAAGUAGCAUCUCUGAUGUGGGCAAGUUCAGCCUGUAAGGAUCAUAUAUUGCAUGGAAUAAUACAAAGAUGCAAAUUGCGUGAGAAUUGUGGUCCUUUUUAUUCACUGUAUUUAAGGCUCAAUUCAUGAUGCCAAAUAAGGUGGUUGAGUUAGAAAGGUUGCUUGGAAAGCAUGGAAACAGUUUUGGAAGCAGCUCUUUGGUUAAUUUAGACCAACUGUUAAGUAUUUUUUCAUGUGAUCUGUGUGAGUACAGUUGUCAUUGUUAUUUGGCAGGACUGCUGUCCCUUGUUUAGUGGAUUUUGUAGAUCAUCCGAACCUUACUCCUCUUGUACUAGUUUAUUCUCUUUGUAAUAACUUUUGACUACUUAUAGAAGUGCAGCGUAUGCAAGUAAACAGCAUGCCUAGGCAAUGCAGGAUUCAAGGAAGCUGGAGGAGGAAAGAAGGAAGAGCCAAUUUUCAAAAUUGAUCAAACCUCCCACUCCCCGCGUUCAUGGCUUCUUCUUCCCCUCUGCUCAACGCCCCGCCAUCUCCAGUUUGUGGAUUCUCUUCCGCAGAUUAGUACUUCAGUUCGUGGCUGAUGAUCACCUCCCUGCGUUCGCCCCUCUGCUCACGCUUCUUCUUCCCCAGUUGGUGAGAUUUGUUUGGCCGCCCCUCUGCCCAGCUUCCCAGGCCGGCCUGGGGAGCUCAAGUCAGUCAAGGAUCUAUAUGACUUUAAAAAUUUGUCAGUUCUUUUUCUUCAUCUCCAUUUGUACGACCCUUCUGAAGAGGAAGAAAGUCUCCGAAUGAACUUCUGUUAAUGACAACUUCCACCCAUUGUCUUAUUCAAGUUUGAGUCGGAAGCAAACCCGAGAAUGUUGGCAGUUCCCCUCCCAUCUUCCUAGUGAAGGCCAGCUUAUAUAGGAUUUAGAUUGUGUUGUGAAAGGUACAAUGAAUUAUGAUGAUUAAUUUGCAUCUUAUCAUUCCAUGGAGAAUCUGAGGCCAUUACAGACAAUGUAUUGUUUUCAUCAAACCGUGGUUGUGGAGUAGUUUGUAGAAACUGUAAUUUGUAAUUGAAGCUUGAAGAAUGUUGAAAUUUGUAGUUUUUAUCAAAUUGUGGUUGUAAAUUUGCACUUUGUAGUUUGAAGAAUGUUAUAUCUAAGAGUCAAGAUCUCCAAAUUAUACUCAGAACGUUACAUCUUGAAAGUAUGGAUGCAGCUGGUUGAUAUGUGACAA